AUGCGUGUGAGUCACAGCCGCCGCGCCAUCCGACCUUCCAACACGGCGGACGCGCGGAGCAAGGCACACGCGACAACACCCAACCACCAUCCGCCUGUUGAAGACCAAGAAGAAGAAGACGAAGACGCGGCGGAGUCUCCAACACCGCGAGCCGCGGAGCUGCGGAAUGGUCUGGCGGAUCCUACUCUCCGCCUCGCUCCUCGCCACCGUCAUUUGCGCCGCCCUCGGCGUCGGGUCCUUCGCCGCACGAUUGGGCUCUCAGCCGUGUCGCUGCUGUUCUUCAACGCGAUAGUGUUGUACGCGUCGGUACGCAAGCUGCGGAAAGACCCGAACUGGGGCAGCUUUUAG